AUGUCUUCAUGGUCUUUUGGUCGUGUUGAUCUGUGUUGUGACUUUUACCCCCAUCAUCUACCUAUCUGCGGGAAUCGGAGCUACAGCAACACCUCAAACUUCACUAUCUACAAGCUGGGUGCCCACAUCGACUGCGGAACCUCCACACAUAUCACGACAAGCAUAUAUUGUAUUGCCUACGAACACCGUUCAGCUGGACCGAAAUCCAUUGCACUACAACCAUAUCUCCCAUUUUCGCAUAGGUAUCUGGAUGACUUUUGUGUCGGUCCCUUAACUGCACCACCUAUGUCACCCCCGCACGAAGAACGUUGA